GAGCUUAGAGAAAACUUUGAGCGAGCAAGUUCAGAAGCUAAGGCAGCUUUCGGAAAUGGAGCCAUGUUCAUUGAGCGCUUCAUAGAACGACCCAGGCACAUCGAAGUGCAGAUUAUGGUUAAGCAUAGGCUUGGGCAUCGCUCCGGUUGGAACAGCAUUCUGAUCGAGAAGAACCAUUUGGUCUGGGCUGGCUAG